GCUCCAACCAAAUUCCCAGACGCUCCAUCUCCACCCUCCUCCCCGGAGGCCACACCUCCUCCCCCUCGCCGCCCCCGCCGACGAGCCUUUCCUCUCCGCCCCGACGAAUCGAGUCUUCGAGAUGGCAAAAACUUCAAGGAACAUGAAAUAUUCGUCUCGUGAGCUCAGGUCAACACGUCAUUUGAGGCCCUCCAGCCAUUGUAGUUUCAAGAGAGUUGCUAGCCAGGUGCCAACAUUAGCAGCAACAGAGAAAUGUGCGUGGAAAGAUGCGAUCUGCCCAGUUUGCAUUGAAUGCCCACAUGAUGCUGUGCUCCUACUCUGUUCAUCUCAUGACAAAGGCUGCCGUCCAUAUGUAUGUGGAACCGACUUCCUUCACUCAAAUUGUCUUGAGCAGCUAAUGGAGUCAUGCAGAAGCCCAGGAAGCUGUGAUGAUCCAGGUUCAGUAGAGCUCAAAUGCCCGCUUUGCCGUGGUGAGGUUAAGGGAUAUACACUUGUUGAGCCUGCCCGGGAGCAGCUGAACCGAAACAGGAGGAGCUGCAUGCAAGACGGCUGCUCAUACAUCGGUUCAUACAGACAACUCUGCAAGCAUACACGAAAGAAGCAUCCUUCGGCGAAGCCUCGUGCUGUAGACCCUCUACAUACUUACAAAUGGAGGCGACUUUUAUUCAGAACCUCAGUGGAAGAUAUGAUCUGCGCGACCAGUUCGACGCUCCUCCAAAGGUUAUUGUCUCUCAUGUUGCAGUAUGAGGAGCUCAUGUCUACUCGUUGGCCUGGAGAUGAUCACAUUGGUGCUACCUUCAACUUUGCUGGUCUGUAAUCUCUCAGUCGCUUGCUGAAACUUGAGAAUUUGGCGUGCUGUUAUUGUUAGUGCAACCCUUGCUUGAUUCCAUGGCUUGGUCACUGUGGAUACAGAAGUUGAGACCUCAGGAAGUAUUAGUCACCUAUCUUCAGAAGAAACAUAAAAGGUUUUGAGGGAUUUAACUGUCUUGACGAAGUGUGGAAUAGCUUGAAGUUUGUUGAAAGUUUAUGUCAUCCCAUUUUGUAUUGUGUGAUGCACUGCUCUCGUGCAUCCAUGUUGCAUUGUAUGACAUAACAGUUUCUUCUGAAAUAUGCAACUCAACUUGGCCUAGUCUUCUACUUUCUAAGAAAAUGCCCAUAUACACUUACUUUUUAGUUAU